CAUUUCUAACGUAUUCUUUGAAUAUUAUUUCUAUAAUAAUAUCAAAGCCCUCCCUGUUUUUUUCUCUGAUUUUCCCUCAUUUUCCGGGAAAAUCUUUUUUCUUCCCCAUUCCGCUAAUCUCAUUUACUUCUUGUUUUCUUACUUUUUUUUUUUUUUUUGCGUUUCAAGAUCUGCAUGGUGAAGUCCAUUUUCGCAGCAUAAAUUUUGUUCCUUUACAUAAAAAGGAAAAAUUCCAACUUUAAAUCUAUUAAAAGUAUUCUUCUGAAGGGAUCGGCGUGGGGAUUUUGAAGUUUAGGGUAAAACGGAAGUCUUGCUCCGGUUGUAAUUGAGUCCUCUACUGCUUCUUUUGAGGGAGUAGCCGGGGCCUCGGCCUCGGCGGGUUUUAAAGCUCCCACCUUUUGAAACCUAUCAAAUCUUAACCUUUUUUUUUUCGAAUCUUCGUUUAGUUAGUCUCAGAUUCAUUGUAGGGAUGCCGGCCCUGGCUUGCUGCGUAGAUGCUGCUGCCGUAGCGCCUCCUGGUUACGCGGCUUUCAUUGCUGGGGACAGCUCCCUUCCCUCGGCGGUCCCUUUUUCCGCCUCCACCGCCGACGCCGCUGAUUCCAACUCAACCCAUUGGUCCCCAGCGCACUCCUCCGCUCUCUACCGCAUCGACGGAUGGGGAGCCCCCUACUUUUCCGUCAAUAACGCCGGCAAUAUCACCGUUCGUCCGUACGGAACGGACACUCUGGCCCACCAAGAAAUCGAUUUGCUGAAAAUCGUUAAGAAAGUCUCGGAUCCGAAAUCUGUGGGCGGGCUGGGUUUACAGCUUCCCCUCAUUGUUCGGGUGCCCGAUGUGCUGAAAAACCGGCUCGAGUCUCUUCAAUCGGCUUUUGAAUCAGCCAUCCAAGCCCAAGGCUACGAGUCUCAUUACCAAGGCGUUUAUCCCGUGAAAUGUAACCAAGAUAGGUUCGUUGUUCAAGACAUAGUUAAAUUCGGGGCGCCCUUCCGCUUCGGGCUUGAGGCCGGGUCAAAACCCGAACUUCUCCUUGCCAUGAGCUGCCUUUGCAAGGGAAACCCAGAGGCGUUAUUGGUCUGCAAUGGUUUCAAAGAUGCUGAGUACAUUUUCCUUGCCUUGCUAGCAAGGAAGCUCGCGUUGAACACUGUAAUUGUUCUUGAAGAAGAGGAGGAGGUGGAUUUGGUUAUUGAAAUAAGCAAGAAACUUUCUGUUCGACCCGUGAUUGGAGUCCGAGCCAAGCUGAGAACCAAACACUCGGGUCAUUUCGGAUCCACCUCGGGUGAGAAAGGUAAGUUCGGGUUGACAACGAUCCAGGUUUUAAGGGUUGUUAAAAAGCUUCAGGAUUCGGGGAUGCUUGAUUGUCUGCAAUUGCUACACUUCCAUAUUGGAUCCCAAAUCCCUUCAACAGCUUUGCUUCAAGCUGGUGUCGUCGAAGCUGCUCAAAUCUAUUCCGAAUUAGCCCGUCUUGGUGCUGACAUGAAAGUUAUUGACAUUGGAGGCGGUCUUGGAAUCGAUUACGACGGGUCAAAAUCCGGUAAUUCUGAUCUCUCUGUUUCUUAUGGCCUUCAGGAAUAUGCUUCAGCUGUUGUUAAUGCUGUUCGGUUUGUCUGUGACCGUAAAUCUAUCAAGCAUCCAAUUAUCUGUAGUGAAAGUGGUAGAGCUAUUGUUUCCCAUCAUUCUAUUUUGAUAUUUGAGGCUAUUUCUGCUACUGCUCCUACUACCCCAGCAAUGAACCAAGUUGACCUUCCAUUUAUUUUGGAGGGUCUCUCGGAGGAUGCUCGUGUCGAUUGUUGGAACUUGAGCCAGGCAGCAAUGAGACAUGAGACUGAGACCUGUUUCGUUUAUGCUGAUCAGUUGAAGCAAAGAUGUGUGGAACAGUUCAAAGAAGGGACUUUGGGGAUUGAACAGCUUGCCGCUGUUGAUGGGUUAUGCGACUUAGUUUCUAAAGUGGUUGAUGCAUCUGAACCUGCUAGGACAUACCAUGUUAAUCUUUCGAUUUUCACUUCGAUCCCUGAUUUUUGGAGUAUUGGUCAGAUUUUUCCCAUAGUCCCCAUUCAUCGAUUGGAUGAAAGGCCUGAAGUGAGGGGGAUUUUGUCUGAUUUAACCUGUGACAGUGAUGGGAAGAUUGAUAAGUUCAUCGGAGGUGAAACAAGCUUGCCUUUACAUGGGUUGGAAGGUAAUGGUGGUGGUAGCAGUGGUGGUGCUAAUGGGCGGUACUAUUUGGGGAUGUUCUUGGGUGGGGCUUACCAGGAAUCCCUCGGUGGAGUUCACAACCUCUUUGGUGGCCCAAGUGUUGUUAGCGUGUCGCAGAGUGAUGGUCCAUAUAGCUUUGCGGUUACGCGGGCGGCGCCUGGUCCGUCAUGUGGGGAUGUCCUCCGAGUGAUGCAGCACGAGCCCGAGCUCAUGUUUGAGACCCUCAAGCACCGUGCGGAAGAAUUUUGUGGACAGGGCCAUGGCAAUGAAGGCACCCAUGCUGCUUUAGUUAGCACCAUUGCUCGUUCUUUCCACAACAUGCCUUAUCUUGUAGUGGCAUCCCCUUGUUCGUUGACUGCCAUGAAUAACAAUGGCUUCUACUAUUGCAAUGAGGAAGAUUACAAUGCUGCUGUCGAUUCUGGGGCUAGUGAGGACGAGCAGUGGUCCUAUUGCUACGCCUGAGGCAGUGUUCUACUAUUUGCUUUAUUGCAUGUUCAUCGAUGGAUGUGGUUGUGAUGGUGUGUACAUAUAGGUUAAAGAUUUGUUGAUGUUCCCCUGCAUCUUUCAUUAAAAAGUGGCUUAAAAGUAGAAUGUUAUACUAAUCUUGUGUCACUGGAGAUGAUUGGAUCUGCCAUUGCUUUGGUAGUUGAUCUUGGAAAAUUCAGUUGAAGAAGCGGAACCAGAGUUCAAGUGCCUUCACUUGGAUGGUAACCCUCUGCAGCAGCAUCCACCACUAGUUUCUUUGUAUGGGGGUCCAGUUGGAAUAAACAGGCAAAACCUUCUUGAGGGGGACCCUAAAUGUUGCAUACCAGCUCAGACCAAGCUUUUUAUUUGGACCAUGAUCAAACGAAUCCACAAAUUGUUAUAUGUUGUGUUUACGCUGCCCUUUUUGUUGAUGGAGAAGCUGAAGCCCUAACUUAUAUUCUUCCCACUUGAGUAACGAAAAGAAGGGAGAAUCUGAGGAAUCGACUUCUGUUAGAGCGAUGUUCAAGUAUACAAGUGUGUGUUGGGUAGAAACACUCUCUACCUACAUAAAUAAAUAAAAUAUGAUUAUUAAUGGUGCGAAUGAAUAAGGCAUAUCCCCAAGGAAAGGAACUUCGUUGCAGAUUGGGUAGCAUUAUUAGUAGAGGUGGAAAUUAUUAGAGAAAUUGAAGGGCUUAACAAGGAUUGAUUCUGUAUUUUUCUUCAACUCCCUCUUCUCCCUGCUCUUCUACCAAAUCUAAAUAAGCAAGAGGAGUUUGUUUA